AUGGUGCAUUAUCGAUGGGAAAUUGGGCAUGGGGCAUCCGUGCCUCCUCUCACCCCUCUGCCUCGCAUCACCCCUCUGCCUCGCAUCACCCCGCUGCCUCGCAUCACCCCUCUGCCUCGCAUCACCCCUCCGCCUCGCAUCACCUCGCAUCACCCCUCUCCCUUCCAUCAGCCCUCCCCUUCCCAUCGCCCCUUUCCCUUCGCUCACCCCUCCCCAUGCCCUCACCUCACCUCACCCGUCACCCUGGCCUCACCCCUCACCCCUCAUCUUUCGCCCUCCCCAUCUCAGCUGGCGACGGGGAGUUUCGACGAGGCCAAUGUGCUGGGCCAGGGCGGCUUUGGGAAGGUCUACUAUGGGGUGCUGCCCGUGCAGCCAGCGCAGGUGGUGGCGGUGAAGGUGCUGACGAGGGGAGGAUCUCAGGGCGAUGAGGAGUUUACGAUUGAGCUGGAGCUGCUCAGCCGACUAGAACACAAACACCUGGUGAAGCUGUUUGGGUUCUGCAUGCGAUCACAGCAGCGCCUGCUCGUCUACCAGUUUCUGCCCAACGGCUCUCUCACUGACCACAUGCACGGCAAGAAGAGGGAGGAGAACGGGCCGCUCUCGUGGGAGCGGCGGUUGCGGAUAGCCGUGGGGUCGGCGAGGGGGCUGCAGUACCUGCACUCGCAGCGACCUCAGAUCCUCCACCGCGACAUCAAGUCCUCCAACAUCCUGCUCACUGAUAAUUUCGCCGCCAAGGUGGCGGAUUUUGGGUGUGCGAAGCUGAUCCGGCACACCAUCAAGAUGGACAUGCAAACAAGGGAGAGGAGAGGAUGA